AUGCGAGGACUUCUCUCUCUUCUCCCGUUUCUCUCCCUGGCGGCUGCCCUCUCCCCGCGCUCCCCAACCCGCACCCUCAACACUCGUACCUCGACGUGCACACCGGCAGCAGGGGGUACAUCAACAACAGACGAUGUUCCCGCCAUAGAAUCGGCACUAUCAACAUGCGGUGAUGGCGGCGUAAUCGUGAUCCCCUCCGGAACUACAUAUUACAUCAACAGCGUUCUCGACUUCUCAUCAUGCAGUGGCUGUGACUUCCAGAUUGAGGGAACCCUCAAGUUCGCCUCUGAUACGGACUACUGGGAAGGUCGCACUGCCAUGAUGUAUGUAAAGGGUGUCACGGGCAUGACCAUGCGAUCACUUACCGGGAGUGGAGUGAUCAAUGGCAAUGGACAAGAUGCAUACGAUCUCUUCGCCUCAGAUAGCAGCUACCAACGCCCAACGCUACUCUACAUAACAUCAAGCAGCAACAUCAAAAUAAGCGGUCUUACCCAGAAGAAUCCACCGAACGUCUUCAACUCCGUCACAGGCUCAAGCAGUGAUAUCCACUUCUCAGAUCUGACCAUGACUGCAACAUCCAAGAGUACAAACGCCGCGAAGAAUACCGACGGUUUCGACAUCGGGUCAUGUACAACUGUGAGCAUCACCUCCGUAUCGGUGAUAAAUGACGAUGACUGCGUAGCGUUCAAGCCAGGUGCAAAUUACGUUACUGUCUCAGAUAUCACAUGUACAGGAAGCCACGGGUUGAGCGUUGGAUCACUCGGUUCUUCUGGCGAUGACACGGUGAAGAAUGUGUAUGUUUCUGGUGCGACGAUGAUCAAUUCGACUAAGGCGGCUGGAAUCAAGACGUACCCCUCUGGUGGGGACCAUGGGCUUUCUACUGUGACGAAUGUGACGUGGAGUGGGGUUGUGGUUGAUGGAUGCGAUUAUGCGAUUCAGAUCCAGAGUUGUUAUGGGGAAGAUGCGAGUUACUGUGAGGAAAAUCCUGGUGAUGCCGUCCUGACGGACGUAGUUUUUGAGGGGUUUAGUGGGACGACUAGUGGGAAGUAUGGAGAUGUGACUGGAAAUAUGGAUUGUGGUGCUGAUGGGACUUGUGGGGUUACAAUUAGUGACUACACAGUUCUAGCGCCAGACGGGGAGAGUGAGGUUCUUUGCGCGAAUACGGACGAUUUGGGCGUAACUUGUACAUCUGGGGCUUCAGGAUAA